GGCGAGGCGAAGGCAGUGGUCGAAGUAGAGGCAAAGCCAGAGGCUGAGGCUGAGGCCGAGGUCGUGGCAGAAGCAGAAGCAGAGGUAGAGGUAGAGGCGGAGGUGGAAGAGGUUGAGGUGAGAGAGGAGGAGGAGGUGUUGAGGCAUGUGGCAGGUGAAGUUGAGGCUGCAGCACCUGCGCCGGAUGGAGCAGAGGUGGUUGUGGUUGAGAAUGUAGAUCUUGAUGUCGAUGCUGAAGGAAAUGUUCUAGAUCGAAGAUCAAUUUUGUCUAAAUUGGAUGUGAAAUCUUCGGACGGUUCGGAAAUUUUCUCAGAUGUAAUUCGUAAUUUUGACGCGGAAUAUGUUUGUUCUUCGUCGCCUUCCUUUGAAUCUGCAGUUUACUUUGUUCCUGCUCUUCCUCAUAGUGUUGAAUCGUUAUCCGUUGUUACUUCUCGUGAUGUUCCUCCUGAGGAUUCUUCUACUUAUUUGGAACAUUUACCAGGAUUUGUUCCUGACGAAUCUGGUUUUCCUUUUGUUUCUUCUACCAUUUCUCCACCUCCUUCUGUAUUAUGCGCCGAUAAGGUUUCUCAUUCUUUAAAUUUGUCCACUUCCGUCCUACAUUCCUCACCUUUGAGUUUUGAAUCUGUUGAAGAACGUCCUCCUAUUUUUUCAAAUGUUUUUUCAGCCUCUUUAUCAAAUCGUGUGGAAGAUAUCUUUGAUGCUCAUCCUGUGGAGUCUGCUAUGCUUGUUUCCUCUGAUAUGCCAUCUGAAAUUUGUGUUCCAGUUUCGGACUCUAGCCGUUUCCUCACUAGUACUUCUCCUCCCUUGCUUCCAGUUUCUGAUUUAUUGAUUCCUGUAUCUCAUCCCAUUGGAAUAGAAAUUUUGGAAACUGAAGAAAGCAAAGCAACUCUUCCUUUACAUCUUGGUUUAACCCACGAUGAUCUUCUCUAUGUCGAACAAACGAAACCUUUGGAAUACGCUACUGCAAAAGCUAAGUAUUCACAUCCUGAGGGAACUGGUCGUGAUGUUCAUGUUGGUCUUAUCGGAAGUGCAGAUGAAAGGACAUCGGAAGUUAAGUCUCUUCCGCCUGGCCCAUUACCUUUGCAGGCUGUUAGUGUGGAGACGGAAGAUCAUCUGUCCACUCUUCCAGGUGUGUCUACAUCCUUAACUUCUGAGGCAGCAGUCUACAUUGACAAAACUGGAAAUGAGGUACCGAUUGGCUUUUCUUCCACAUCCACAUCAGAAUCUGUGAGGCCUCUUGCUGCAGAUCACAAUCUCACAUGUGCUGCAUUUUUAGCUGUCACAGAGUCUGAACACGUGGACUCCUUUGCUGCCUCUCAGAGGCCAAGCAGUAUGCCUGAAGCUGUCUCCGCCGAUAAAUGCCUGAAGCGACAUUCGUCAGUCUCUUCCUCUCGUAGUCUGAUUGGAAGCGUUGAGACGCCACACGUUGCAAGAUUCUUUGAUUCUUCCUUAGAGAUACGUGUCAAAAUCCCUCGUCGCUUGUUCUAUACUGCAAACACUCAAGAAGUGGUUUGGGAAGAAGUCGUUCUGUUUGAUCACGGCCAAGAAAGCCCGCUUCCUUUCCCAAAUGUCUCCGUAAUCGUUCCUGUUCCUGAACCAAACUUGAGCGCUGCACCCCAGCGUUCCUUCGUUCAAGAUGCUGAAAGAGAGCUACCAGUAGGAGAAAAUAACGAUCUAAUUCCCACCUACGCUUCACUUCCGUGGCCGAAAACUAAAGACUAUGAAGCCUCAAGCCAUACAGACGGUGCUGAAGGUGCCGUUUUGGGUGCUUCAGCUCCGGAAAUUUGCACAAAUAAGGCAGACUUGGAGCCUUCUGCUGAGGUCAUGAACUUACUCUCAGUGAUACCAAUCUCAUCUGCUCCAGUCAGUAGUGAAGUGAUGAUGUCUGAAGUUUCAACAGCCGUUGAAAGUCUCUCUUCACCUGCCAUUGCUUCAGCAACAAAGUCACACCAAGAACCCAUAAGCAGUGAGUUGGAUGUCUACAUUCUUUCACCUUGUAGUUCGGAGGAAGGUAAAGCUGUUUCAGGUCCUAUUAAGGAUGAAACCAGUAAAAGUCAGUUUGCUUUAAGUGAAUCCGCCAUUCCAAGUGAAGAGAAGGUUGAAGAGUCUAAUUGGGAUGAUUUAUCACAGCUUGCAGCUGCAGCCGGUGCCACAUUUGCUGCUGAAUAUGUCUCAGAGGACGAUGAAGAGGAAGAUGAAGAUGAUAGCUACGAAUUCAAAUCGGUUGAUUUCAAGUCAUCUAGACCUCGACCAGCGCCAGAAACAACGUUGGAUCGUUCCUCACAGCUACUUUCAAGACUCAAGUUUUAUGGUCUUGGUACUCAACAAGUCGCUCAGGCUUCACCACGUCUGUACGAUGUAGAACGCGGUAUGAGUAAAGACGUCGAAGAGAGCGAAAAUGUUGAGAAACAGGUAGCUGAGGAAGUUACUCUCGAUGAUGAAGAAGAGGAUGAGGAAGAACACCCUAAGAUAAUGGUAGAGGACCUGGAUGACACACUUCCUACAAUUCCAGAGGUUGCGGGGCUGUUGACACCAGAGGAUGACGAUUCAUUAAAUGACGAUGAAAUUCCGAUGGACUUAAAGCUUGUUCCAGCUCAUGAAGAGGAUGAAGGAGAGGACACCUCUCUGAUAUGUUCUCGACCCAUAUCUGAGUAUCUGCAGCAAAUGCAAUCGCUCUCAAGACUGUCUGCAUCGUCGCAAAGAAGUUUGCUCACUGCAACGGCGACUGACGGUACUGAAGAGUCUAGCAAAGACAGUCAAGCAACAGUAAUUCAGAUUGGCAGUGAUACCUUAACUAAUGCUGACAAAGCUCAGGAGGCCUCAAGAACCACUCUUGCUUCACUUGACUCUGACCUUAACCUCCUCGACGAAACACGGCUAUCCACCUCUGACAGUUUACCUCAGCUUCCCAGGGAAAUCUUAGAUGCUUCAAAGCAAGGACGAGUUGAACUUUCAACAGCUAUGUCAACGGACCAAGUUAUGGAGGAUAAGUCAGCCGGCAGUCGCCAUUUUGCAGACACAGUGUCUACACCAAGCAUUCUGGAACGUUCAACAUCAAGUGGAAUUUACUGCCCUCAAAAGGGUCGACUUCAGGGUUUCCCAAGAAAGGGUGACCCCGGUGCUAGUGAACCUGUUCUUUCGAAAUCUAAAGCUACUGCAAGUCAAUCACCAUCUUUGAUAGAAUUUGAGCGUUUAGAAAAACAAAUGAUAGCUAAUUCAUCUCCGGAUUCUCUUCAAAAGACUUCGGGUGAGCAGAAAAGGAGUUCAAGCAGCAGGACUAGUAGUUCUCUCUCUGAAUUUGAACGAAUUGAGGCGGAAGCAACUAAAUCAUUCUCAGCGAGUAGUGGAGAAAUGCCAUCUGCUACUAAGGGAAUAGGAGACGGUUCCAUGUCUUCUCUCUCCGAAUUUCUUCGUGCAGAACAGGAGUGCGCCAGUAGUCAGGAGUCUGUCCACCAGCAACCAAUUGAUUCGCAGCUGGCUGCAUUGGCUCACAAGACUAUUGGCACCAUCUACGAAGACGUUCUAGCUGAACAGAUGUGUCAGAGUGUCGAGACCUCCCGACUGACAGAUUCCUCUGAGAUUGCAGGUGAUGCCGAUUCACUGGUGCAAUCCUCCAUUCAUGAUUCACUUGCCAGCAGCUCUUGUCAACGCGAAAUCCUACCGAUUGACCUUAUUCGCGAUGUCAUUCGUGGUGCUCGUGAUGUUCUUGAACAACGUUACCCUCGAGACCGUGAUUCUCUGGGAGAAGCAGACUCCUCGGAAGAAGACUUUCCUCAAGUUAUGGAGACAUCUACAGAUUCUCUUGAAGGUCUCCAACAGCAUAGUCAACACGGGCAAUGGGGAGACAGCUCACUGUCAUCAGAGGCUAAUUACAGUCGUAACAUGACUGAUUCUUUGGAAGACAGUGGUGCUGCGAUGGCCAGUGGAAGUAGGGCCUCAACACAGCCUCCAUCUCAAUCUGAGGUUCUUUUUCUACCUCUUCUUGGUCCACCUCCAAUACCGAUACAGUCCAGCGAACUGCCACAGUUAUCUAUUCCUCGUUCCACUAGUGGAGAUGAAGCUUUGUUGAAAAAGGUAGACAUCGAUGAGGAUGCAGCACUUAAACGAUUACCAGUUUCAGUGAGUAUCACCUCUCUCAACCUGGCUCAAGAGCAAAUACCUAUUUCUCAGACCGACUCAAAUUUGGGUUCUACAGUUUUCGACAUUUCCGAGGAUGAAUUCAAAGGACCUGUGCAUCCGGGUGCCUUGGUGACCGAAAGUUCUCUAAAGAGCCUUUCUUCCUCCCCUGUUCUCAGCCAUGAAAAAGACGUUGAAGCCAUCCCGGAAAUACCCUCAUCCAUUACCCCGAUGGCUGAGUCCUUUGGUCCAAAGGAUAUUUCCACACCAACGGUGGCGGAACCUGACUUUGCAGUUGAAGAGGAAAUUGGAAAGGACUUUGAAAUCAUCCGAACUGCUGAUUACGAUUUUCAACACGAGCAAAAAUGA